CACCCGAUUACUAUUGCCAUCAAGCCUUGGAAGAACUUUAGUCUAUCAAGCAGCAGGAGGAGAUCAUCCACCGAGAUCCAUGUCGGAUCAUCAGCUCCGACCAGGCAGUUCUGGAAGCUGGUGGAGCGCCGCAAGCCUCGCCACGCCCGUCCCCGAGGUGGCUGACCUCGGUGGGAGCUUCAGAUGGACGACCGCCGCUGACAUGGACGUGUUCGAGGCCCAGUUGAUCUCGAACCCCCAAGUCUCGGCUCCGGCGACGGUGGGUUUCGGCCUCUCGUCCCCUUCCCUCGAGUGGAGCCAGCCUUUCUUUUGCAGCAGCAGCAGCAAUGGUGGGAGAGAGGACACCAGCUGGGGCUUCCAUGGCUUGCUCCAAGAGGAGGUCAUCUCACGGCCAUGCGUUCAGCGACACUCCGGGAUCGAGGAUUCUACUUGGAGUCCAUUGAAGACCAUGAACCCAAGCUUCAUGCAUGACCACCGCCACCACCACGUCUUGAGCUCAAACGCGUCCUGCGAGCUACCUUCGUCGACGCUGUUACCAGGACUUCUCGAACCCGACAGCAGACUGCAAAGAUCGUUUCACGACCAUCGCGAACAGCUGCAGAGAUCGGCAUCCGCUCGAUCGCCGCAGUUCUCCAACGAGACUUGCUUCUGGAAUCCGUCCGCGGGCGACGUAAGUAAUCUCAUCGUCAAGACGACUGCCGGAGUUAUUAGGAGCUCGAGCUCAACCAUGGAGAAGAGAAACGGCAGCGAGCCAGCACUCAAGAAGGCAAGGACAGAGACACCAUCGCCAUUGCCAACUUUUAAGGUCAGGAAGGAGAAGCUAGGCGACAGAAUCACUGCACUUCAACAACUGGUCUCGCCAUUUGGAAAGACCGAUACUGCUUCGGUGCUGCAAGAGGCCAUCGAAUACAUCAAGUUCCUCCACGAUCAAGUCCGCGUUCUGAGUGCGCCGUAUCUGAAGAAUGGCCAUCAAAUGCAGCAAGUGAAGAGCCUGGACUCAUCGAAGGAUUCUGGAGAACAGAAUCAAGACCUCAGAAGCCGAGGGCUGUGCCUCGUUCCCAUGUCGAGCACAUUUGCUGUAGCUAACGAGAUCCCUGCUGAUCUCUGGACCCCUCCCUUCAUAGGAACCUUUAGGUAGCAAAAGAGGGUCGUUGUAGAAGGAGUGGAAGAACAACUCCUCUACAGACACAGGUAGGGAAGGAUAGACCGAAGGAAAUUUAGUGCAGAGAGAGAGAGAGAGAGAGAGAGAGAGAGAGAGAGAGAGAGAGAGAGUAAAGAGGAAGGAAGAAGAAUGGUGGUGACCCAGAGAGGGGAAUGAUGUAAGGCUGGAUUAAAAGUACAUUUGUUGCGUGUGAAUUGAUUGUAGAAGAGCUGCCAUUACUUCUUCUUUCUUUCUUUCUUUCUUGUCCUAACAAAUAUUAUUGAAAACAAGGAGUAAUAAGAGCAAGUAUUUGGCAUUUCUAUCACCUUCUGUCUCUCAAUUUACAUGAUGAAUCCAAUCAAGUUUAGGAUGAUUGCAGGAUGUUCAUGAGGAAUGUAGAAAGUAAACCUGGAAACAAUGAUGAGGUCAAUCGAGAACUCAAUUAUAGGAUGCGCAUUUUGGUUCAUCUGAAACUGAUGAUCUAAUCACAGUGACUGACAAGUUUGUCUACACUUCAUAGUAUGAAGCUGCAAUCAUGAUGGUAAUAUGAUGCUGUUGCAUUCUGAGGUAUUUCUUUCUCCGCAGCAAGUUGAUCUAAGGGAGUUCCAAGUGCUGUAUGCAAUUUAAAGGACUGGAAGCCUCAUGUCACCACUGGCAACAACUCAUUAUUGUUCCUUAUGAAGGUUGCCUUUAGAAGUGCAUCAAAGGUUCAUGUUAUAUAUAUAGUUCUUGCAUUCUUUGUUCACCUCAAUCAUCACAGGCUCUCUCUCUCUCUGCUUUAGUCAUGAAUAUGUCCAAAGACAGUCAAAUUUUAAUGACACAAACAUAAAGAUAUAGAUUUUGAA